GCGGAAGCGGCACCACGUGACCCGCGCGUCAGCUGACCCAACAUGGCUGGGGGGAGGCGAGCGCGAGCGGCCGCGGAAGGAGCCUCCGCCCGCCCCGUGUGAGCGGCAGCUGCGCCCCCCGCGCCCAGGGAGAGGGUGCGGCGGCCACGAUGGAGCCUCUCUUGAAGCAGGUGGAGAAGGACCUGGGCAUCGACCCGAGCCAGCUGGCUCCUGCCGCGGGGUCCUCACACAUCAUCGCCCUGGUGCCGGCCAAGUGGCUCGCGAGCCUGAAGGAGCGGGGCGCGCUGCCCGGCCUCUGCCCGCGCCCCGAGGGCAUGAGUGAGCUGGAAGUGCGCACCUGCCUCCAGCACUCGGUGCAGAAGCUGCCCGCCGGCUGGACCCGGGUGGAAGUCCACGGCCUGAGGAAGGCGCGGCUGCGCUACCGGGUGGCUGUGAGCGCUGCCGCGCAGAGCGAGGCCCGGGACGGCCCGGACACGCUGCACGGCUUCAUGCACAGCGUGGCCUCCCAGAACUACCGCAACCUGUGGAAGCAGGCGCACCGCCGGCACGGGCGCCCCUACUGCCACGCGCAGGCCCCGCCCACCGCCCCCGCCCUGGAGGUGCUCUGCAGCGCCCUCCAGCGGCUCUUCGGCGGCCCCCUCAUCCCCGUGGGGCGGGGCGCCCCCUGCGCCUCCCCGGCCAGAGAGGGAGGCUCCUCCGGCCAGGGCCGCGCGAGCUGCCCGAGCGUCCUGCAGGCCGACGCGCUGCUGGACGCGCCCGAGCUGCUCUACGUGAUCUUCCCCUACAUGCAGUUCUGCCUCCACGACAUCGUCACCUUCAGCCCCGCCAAGCUGACCAACAGCCACGCCAAGCUGCUGUUCAUCCUCUUCCAGGUCCUGCAGGCCAUGCAGGCGUCCCACCGAGCGGGGCUGGCGUGCGGCGCCCUCUCGCUGCACGACGUCGCGGUGGACGAGAAGCUCUGCGCCCGGCUCCGGCUCCGCCUGCAGGACUACGAGCAGGCGCCUCCGGAGGAGGGGCAGGCAGGCGCAGGGGCCCCGGCGGCCCCCGGCGAGGCUGGCCCGGCCCCCGCGGCCGUGGCAGGCGGUCCGGGGAGCGUGCGGCCCCCGGCGGGCCUCGGGGACCUCGUCCUGGACUGGGUGCACGGCCGCCUCAGCAACUUCGACUAUCUCAUGCACCUGAACCGCCUGGCGGGCCGCAGGGUCGGGGACCCCAACUAUCACCCCGUGCUGCCCUGGGUGACGGACUUCACCACCCGGAACGGCCGGUUCCGGGACCUGCGCAAGUCCAAGUUCCGCCUCAACAAGGGGGACAAGCAGCUCGACUUCACCUACGAGAUGACGAAGCAGGCCUUCGUGGCCGGGGGCGGGCUGGGCGGGGAGCAGCCCCACGUGCCCCACCACAUCUCGGACGUCCUCUCGGACAUCACCUACUACGUGUACACGGCCCGGCGCACCCCCAAGGCCGUGCUCCGCUCCCACGUCCGGUCGCAGUGGGAGCCCAACGAGUACCCCGCCAGCAUGGAGCGCAUGCAGGGCUGGACCCCGGACGAGUGCAUCCCCGAGUUCUACUCGGACCCCACCGUCUUCAAGUCCACCCACCCGGACAUGCCGGACCUGGAGGUGCCGCCCUGGCACGGCUCCUGCGAGGAGUUCGUGGCGGCCCACCGGGCCCUGCUGGAGAGCCGGGAGGUGUCCCAGGACCUGCACCACUGGAUCGACCUCACCUUUGGCUACAAGCUGGCGGGCAAGGAGGCCAUCAGGGAGAAGAACGUGUGCCUGCACCUGGUGGACAGCCACACCCACCUCACCAGCUACGGGGUGGUGCAGCUCUUCGACCAGCCCCACCCCAGGCGCCUGGCGGGGACGGCGUUCCUCCCCGCGGAGGCGCCCCCCCUGGCCAAGCCCCUGAUCCCGGCUGUCCGGGAGACGCGAGCCCUGGACCGCUCCAAGGGGCAGCUGGCUGACGGGGCUGGCGGCGUGGUGCUGGAGGCGCUGCCCUGCGAAAGCGCUUGGGCCGCUGGGAGGUUCGGCGCGGAAGAGGAGGUGGAGCAGGGGGCUGAAGCCCUGGAGUCCAUUCCCGCCACGGGCCGAGGCGUGGAGCUGCCCAGCCCCGCUGCGCCACCGCCUGGGAUCCCCGUCGAGGGCAAGCAUCUCAUGCGGAGGAGCAAGGCCCCGGCCGGCGUGGCCCUUGCAGACGGCCUGGAGUCAAAGAUCCUGGUCCCCGAGGGCUGCAACCUGCUGCAGGCCCUGGAGGAGCUGGAGAAGCUGGACGCGUUCUUGCUGAAGGGCUUGCAGGGCUCGGUGCGCAGCCCGGAGCAGCCCCAGCCCAGGAGGCCCGUGGCCCCUUCGGACCUCUUCCAGCGGGACAUGCAGGCCCUGGGCGUCCUGGUGGCCGAGAUCAUCUUUGCAGCCAAGCUGCGCACCUUGAAUCCGGGAGCGACCCUCCAGGAGCGCUUCCAGGCCACGCGCCGGCUCUGCCGGUCUCACCCCAAAGAGGUCCCGGCUCCGCUGCAGCACCUCCUGGAAACGCUGCUGCAGCUGCGGGUCUCCGACUCCCAGCUCCUGAGAGGCGAUGCGAUGGACGUGGGCCAGCAGCUGCCGCUCUUUGACCAUGAGCCCGUCUGGCAAGGGCUGCCGCCACCCUGCCCUUCCCAGCUGCUGAGCCCGUUCAGUGCGGUGCUGCCCUUCCCGGCGUAUUUCCCGUCUUUGCACAAGUUCAUCUUCACCUACCUCUCCGGCAAGGCUGAGGACCCUGCGGGCCGAGGCCGGGAGCUGGUCUUCCAGCUGUGGCAGCAGCUGGAGGGCGUGCUGAGCGACAUCACCCCCGAGGGCCUGGAAAUCCUGCUGCCCUUCAUCCUGGCCCUGCUGUCGGAGGAGAGGACGGCUGUCCACGCGGCCUGGUAUCUCUUCGAGCCCAUCGCCAAGGCCCUGGGCCCCAAGAACACCAACAAGUACCUGCUGAAGCUCCUGAUCGGGGCGUACGAGACCCCCCGCUGCCUGCACGGCCGCUUCUACCUCUACGCAGACUGCUUCGUGGCUCAGCUGAUGGUCCGCCUGGGGCUGCAGCCGUUCCUCUCCAACCUGCUGCCCCACAUCCUCCAGAUCCUGGUCGGGGUGGAGGGCUCGGCCCCCGAAGAGAACAAGGCGCUGCUGCUCCUGGGCGCGGCGGAGGACGACGAGAGCGGCGGGAGCAGCCCCGGGGCGUGCUCCUUUGGAGAAGAGAUCAAGGCCGACGCCGAACGGAGCUCGGCGGCCCUGGAGCUGCUGGACUACCUGUCUGGGGUCAGCUUGCACGACCAGGCCUACCUGCCGGACGGCGAGGAGUUCCAGAACAGCCUCUACAUGGCCGAGGCCCUGCAGGAGCCGGAGGAGGCCCUGGGCCAGCUGAGCGACAAGAGCAGCGCGAGCGAGGUCUCCGUGGGCGAGGACCAGAAGGACAAGGCCAGCUUGAAGUCCCUGGACAGCAGCCAAGAGCUGAAAUACAGCGAGGAGGAGGAGGAGGAGGAGGAGGAGGAGGAGGCCAAUCAGAGUGGAGAGGAGGAACACGAUGAUGGCACCACCUUGGGCACGGAGGAGAUGACCCUGUCGGUGGCUGUCAGCAUGGAAGACGGCCUGGCUGACGAAGACGGGGAGCCCGAGGCGGGCCGGGCCGGGCCCGACGUGUCUGACCAUGAGGGAGACGGGGAGCAGACCAUCCUGCUGGACACGGCCUGCAAGAUGGUGCGGUGGCUGUCGGCCAAGCUGGGCCCCACCACCACCUCCCGCUACGUCGCCAGGAACCUUCUCCGGCUGCUGACUUCCUGCUACAUUGGUCCCAGCAGGCAGCAGUUGGUGGCCGGCGCGGAAGAGACCAGUCCUCUGACCUCUGCGGCCAUUUACCAGAAGCGACUGGUGCUGGGCGACGUGGUGUCCGAACCGGUGCUGGCCUGCCUCAUCCAUGUGGCACACCUGUAUGGGGAGCCAGUCCUGACCUACCUGUACUUGCCCUACGUCAGCUACCUGGUGGCUCCCAGCAGCGGGCCGGCUGCCGGCCGGCUCAACAGCCGCGAGGAGGCUGGCCUGCUGGCUGCAGUGACGCUCACGCAGCAGAUCGCCAUCUAUCUCUCCGACACCACUCUGAUGGACAUCCUCCCCAAGAUCAGCCAGGAGGUCUUGCUGCCCGUUCUGGGGUUCCUCACUUCUCCCUCCAUCAGCUUCCCCAGCGGGGUCCAGGCCCGGGUCGUCUUGUGCCUCAAGACCAUCAGCCUCAUGGCACUGGUGUGCUUGCGGAUCGGCUCUGAGAUGGCGCAGCAGCACCUCAGCAACACCCUCAGGAUGUUCUUUGAGACGUUUUCGUUGUCGCCGCCGGAGCAGGGCACAAUGCCGGAGCCGCCUGCCCUCCAGACAAAGUCGCUGCCUCCAGACCCCUCUGCUCUUCUGGAACUGCAGAAGGUUUUCACUCCAGAGAUGGCUUACAUCACCUUCGUCCCCUUCUCCUGCUUGCUAGGUGACGUCAUCCAUAGCAUCAUCCCGAAUCAUGCCUUGGUGGGGCGGCUGGCGAACCUCCACCUGGACAGCAUGAACAACCGGGGCCUGGCCUCAUACAGCCAGGGGGCAGCUGGGCCCGGCCCAGCCGUGUCUGAGCAGGAUGCCCCAGGCACAGCGGCUGCCGUCGGCCCGGGCGAGGACACCCCCUCGGGCACCUUUGGGAGCGUGCUGGUGGGCAACCGCAUCCAGGUUCCCGCGGAAGCCCGGCAGGAGGCAUCGUGCGGCCCCAGCAGCUCCUGCCCCACCGCAAGCAGCCCGGGGGAGAACCCGCUGAGGCAGGAGCUGCGGCGGAGCGCCCACCUGCUCUGCGGCAACUGGCUGGCCUACUGGCAGUACGAGAUCGGGGUGAGCCAGCACGACCCCCGCUUCCACUUCCACCAGAUCAAGCUGCAGAGCUUUGUGGGCCACACGGGGGCCAUCAAGUGCGUGGCCCCCCUGAGCGGGGAGGACUUCUUCAUCAGUGGAAGCAAGGACAAGACCGUCCGCCUCUGGCCCCUCUACAACCGGGGCGACGGCACCCACGAGACGGAGCCACGUCUGACCUACACCCAGCACAAGAGGUCUGUCUUCUACGUCGGCACUCUGGAAGGCCCCCAGCACGUGGUCAGCGCGGACGGAGCAGUCCACCUCUGGGACCCCUUCACAGGCCAGCCCGUCCGCACAUUCGAGGCGCUGGACUGCAAAGUGCCCAUCACAGCCGUGAGCACCAUGCCAGCCCCGCACGGAAGCAUCUGCAUGGCCAGUGCCGACUCGGUGCUGCGCUUCAUCGACCAUCGCAAGCCGGGGCUGCAGCAUGAAUUCCGGCUGGCCAGUGGGCCAAAUGCCGGCCUCAUCCGUUGCCUGGCUGUCAGUCCGAGUGGGCGAAGCGUGGUGGCCGGCUUCUCCUCUGGAUUCAUGGUCCUGCUGGAUACCAGGACGGGCCUGGUCCUGAGGGGGUGGCCCGCACACGAAGGAGACAUCCUACAAAUCAAGGCCACAGAAGGCAACGUGCUCAUCAGCUCCUCCUCCGACCACUCGCUGGCCAUUUGGAAGGAGCUGGAGCAGAAGCCGCUGCAGACAUACAAGUCGGCCUCCGAGCCGAUCCACGCCUUUGACCUCUACGGCCACGAGGUGGUGGCCGGCACCGUGGGCAACAAGAUCAGCGUCUAUGCCCUGCAGGAGCCGCUGACCCCCAGCGUCACCAAGCUGAGCUCGGAGAACUUCCGGGGGACCCUCACCAGCCUGGCCGUCCUUCCGACCAAGUGCCACCUGCUGCUAGGCUCAGACAACAGCACCAUCCGGCUCUUGGCAUAGCCGUGCCCUUCAGACUCCGUGCGCUUGCUUCCAGGGCCGUGGCUGAGCUGGUGGCCACUGGCCCCCUUCCGAGGAACGGGGGAACGGGUAUGGCCGGGGAAGGGGGAGAAGCCACCUUCCUGGCUCCCCCACUCUGCACAGGCUGCUGGGCAGUCAUAGUCCUGAACCGCUACUGACACCUUAUGUGCCUGACUUUCUUUGGGAAGUGGAGUGCUUCCCAAAGACUUCUCUUGGGGAGGGGGCUCCCUCUUCCCCACCACAUGGCAUUCCUGUUCUCUCCUGUCUCUCCCACCCCACACCCUGGCUGGUGGAGAACAAUCCCUUGGGUGCUGCCUCCGUCUCCCGCUGAAGGUCUGUCUUCGCCUCUUCCUCUCCUGACCAUCGCAACUCAUGGCACCCUCUCCUUGCGGCCCAUGGCGGCCGAGUCCUCGGUCCAGGAAAUGGAGAGGGCCUCGCUCACAGUCAAAAUGUCCCUCCCCAGGACAUCCAUUUUCUGCCAGAGUUCCAGCCAGGUCCACUUUGUUACUGGUUAAGACAGUCUUCAGUUCUGGCCAGCUCUUAAGUCCCACCCCGGAUGGGGGGUGGGGGUGGGGGUUGCAUAGGCUGUGGGCAGAUUUCUGCCUUCGGCUCGCCCAAGGAGUCUGGGGGCACUACACCUCUGUAAGCACUUCACUUUCUUUCCCUGAGGUUGAGGACAAGGGGCAAGCCCUCCCUCCCGAUUAGCUAAUUGCAAUAGACAGUAUAUCUAUCUCCUAAUAAAUGCUCUGGAGCUCA